GGACAGGGGGAGGGGAGGACGCUCCAGCCUGAGGCCCAAAGAUAACUACGUUAAGACAGGGAGGAGAAUCAUGUUGACCAUGUGCAGCAGUCCUCUCAAACAUGGACAGUUGUGUUGGAAAGAAACCUUUGUACCAAUGGCCUGAAUUAUCUGAUGACAGAAUGUCUUUCAAUGCACCCUGGUUCAGAGCUGUUCUGUGCUUUACUCACUAUUCAUAGUUAAUUCAUUGUGCAGAGCAGCCCUUUCAUUAUAUAGCCAUUACAUAACAGACACCCCUCAUCCCUCCACUCUUUGUCUCUCAGAAUGUACAACAAUACCCUCCUGACUGAAAAUUUCACCCAGCGAUGGGCUGAAAACAACACAAGCAACAACUCUACCUGUAACAACGAUGGUUUCAAAUACCCAUUGUACAGUACGGUCUUCAGUAUUGUGUUUGUGGUGGGACUGAUCACCAAUGUUGUGGCCAUCUACAUAUUCACCUGCUCUCUGAAGCUGAGGAAUGAGACCACAACCUACAUGAUGAACUUGGUAGUGUCUGACCUACUGUUUGUUUUCACGCUUCCUCUGAGGGUCUUCUACUUCAUCAACCGGAACUGGCCUUUUGGAAGCACACUCUGCAAGGUCUCCGUCUCACUGUUCUACACCAACAUGUAUGGCAGCAUACUCUUUCUCACCUGCAUCAGCGUCGAUCGCUUUCUAGCAAUUGUGCACCCUUUUCGCUCAAGGGCGCUUAGGACCAAGCGCAACGCUAAGAUAGUGUGCAUUGCUGUUUGGGUGUUGGUGCUGUCAGGGAGUCUCCCGACAGGGUUCUUAUUGGAGACCACCUCCCGAGAGAAAAACAAGAAUAACGCCACUUUCUGCUUUGAGAACUUCUCUUCCAAACAGUGGAAAUCUCAUCUGUCUAAAGUGGUAAUCUUCAUAGAGACAGUGGGCUUCAUUAUCCCACUUCUACUCAACGUUGGUUGCUCCAUCAUGGUGCUGCAGACCCUGCGUCGCCCCCAAACCAUCAGUCAUGGAGGGAAGCUGAACAAAACAAAGAUUCUGCGCAUGAUAAUUGUGCACCUCUUUAUUUUUUGUUUUUGCUUCAUCCCUUACAAUGUAAACUUGGUUUUCUACUCUCUGGUCCGCACCAAAACAUUAAAAGGAUGCUUUGUGGAGUCAGUGGUCCGGACGAUCUACCCAAUAGCCCUCUGCAUUGCUGUGUCCAACUGCUGCUUUGAUCCCAUUAUUUACUAUUUUACCUCAGAGACCAUCCAGAACUCAAUCAAGAGCAAGAGAAAGUCCCAGCUGAGCCGCUCGUAUGAUGUCAAGUUCUCCGAGGCCCUGCAGUCAGAGACCAGCUCCAACCUGCAGUGCAGCCUGAGGAACCUCAAAGCUAAAGUCUUCCACAAUGAGUCUUCAGUGUGAUGGUGGAGUUACUACACAUCCUUCCAUAAAAUAAUCCUUGAGACAAUAGGAAUGGAUUUUUUUGGAGUGUUUAAUGAAGCACCUGCCAAAGAGGUAUUAUAUCUUCAUCUCAGGGCAAAUGUUUUCACUUGUCAUUGACAGCCUCUGCUCUGCAGUAUUACUGCUAUGUGACCCUUUGUUCACGUCUGCGGAUUUUUUAUUACCACUUACUAAUUUCCCCUUUCCUGUGGAAUAUUUUGUAAUUGUGUUAAGCACAAUUACUCUGCAAGUGACCUGGAAGUCUCUCUGAACAGCAGGACAUGCUAUUAUGUUAUUGAAUGCUACAUGUGCCUGUAUAUUUGUACAUGUCCGUGGUAAGUUGUGGUGCUAACUAGAAUAGUAAUCUAAUUAAAUUAACUUAAAGUUAUAUCAAGCUAUAGAUUGUAUUGUACAUAGUUUUUUUUUUAAAUAUGUGAAUUGCAAAUAGGUCACAGAAGUGCCUUUUUUUGUUCUGGCACAAUUUCAUUGUAGACGUUUUGUCUUUAUUGACCAUUAAAUGCACUGACACAGAAUUUCACAUACUGCACUCAUGCCACAGUAAUGAAUAAAAGUCAUGUACUGUCUAAAACAAACAAUUGCACCUGAAACAUUUUGUCAUUUAAAUGAAAG